AUGAAGGGUUUGUUCAAGGCCCUGGCCACGGCCGUGCUGGCGACGACCUCUUUGGCCCAGGAACCAGUCCCAUCUUCGCCUUCGGACCCGACUUCCGGCAGCCCAAUCCCAACAACUCUUGUGACCUCCCGUCUUCCGGAAGCCUCUGACGCCCCGUCUUCAAACAUCCCCGCUGUUGCUCCCAUCCGUGUCCGUCUCAAUCCGGCCAACGUUCGGAACCUUGCUGACACGGAUUACAUCACGUGGACUGUCCCGGGAUCAGCCACAGCAAACAUCACCGUCAGCAACAUUACCGAGAGCGACGUCACGUUCACACUCGCUGCCGGCAACGGUUCCGAGCUCUCUGGGAACUACUACAAAUACCAAUACACACGCUUUCUCUCAUCGCUUGGCGAGCGUGUUGUGAGCCAGGGUAUCAGCACCUCGAAUAAGGAUGGCUCUCCCCUCACCCUCUCAAUCAAGGGUCUUAUGCCAGGAAGCCACAGCUUGUUGACCUGGCACAAUGCCUGGGACUCAAUGAACGAGACUGCGGUUCUCGAUAUCACCGUCAAUGGACAACGAGCUUAUACCAGCUUCAAGCAGUCCGUACGGGUUGACAAUAUCUGGCAGGCCGCGGCUUCCUACAUCACUUUCGAGGUUGCGUCCGCCACACAGGAUGUCAAAAUUGUAUACACCCCGAAUGGCGCUGACAAGCGCGCCUUUAUCAACGGGCAUCGGGAUGAGCGUAUCGAGGUCAGCGACGACAGCAGCGUGACGGCAUCUUGGACCGGCCCAGCCUCUGGGGAGGACGUCAAGUACAACGUGUUUCUCGGCAAAUCACCGACCGACUUGAAGAGCGUUGCAGAGGGUAUCACGGAGAGAAGCGCAACGCUUCCCGGCCUCAACACUAUUGACAGCUUCUACUGGCGGGUCGAUGUCGUCUCUGGGUCGAACACUUACACCGGCCGUGUCUUCUUUUUCCGCAUCGCACAGCUUGCUUUCCCUGGUGCCGAGGGCUGGGGCCGUUUCGCCCGUGGUGGCCGCGGUGGUAAGGUUAUCAAGGUCACUAGCCUUGAGGAUACAAACGACGAGGGCACCCUCCGUUAUGCCCUAACUGUCGCCAAGGGCCCGCGCAUCGUUGUCUUUGAUGUUGGCGGCGUGAUUACCACCACGGCCCGCAUUUCUGUAAACGACCAAUACAUUACCCUCGCCGGCCAGACUGCUCCUGGGAAGGGCAUAGUCAUCCAGGGCAACCCGCUCGGCCUCACUGGCGCGUCGGAUAUCAUUUUCCGCCAUGUGCGUGUCCGCCCCGGUAAGGUCUCUGGGCAGACCAUCGACGGUAUGGGUAUGCAAGGCUCGAACCACUGCAUCUUUGACCGCUGCUCCAUGGGUUGGACUAUCGACGAAGCUUUCAGCUCGCGGUCCGCCUGGAAUAUCACCUUCCAGCGUAACAUGAUCUCGGAGCCACUCAACAUCGCCGGCCACAAGAACUACCCCAACGGCACCGCUCACGGAUACAGUGCGACGAUUGGCGGUGAUGUUGGAUCCUUUCAUCAUAACCUGCUCGCUCACGCCGAGGGUCGAAGCUGGAGUAUGGGAGGGGGUGUUGACGAUAGGGGUGCCUUCGCUGGACAGCUCGACAUUCGCAACAACGUCGUUUACAACUUUGGUGGUCGUGUAACCGAUGGAGGUGCAAAGAAGGUUAAUUUUGUUGGCAACUACUACAAGCAGGGCCCUGCGUCCACGCUCACAUACGGUCUGAGAGCAACAUAUGAAGACAACAUGCCUGGCAUGCAGCAAUAUCACUGUGCCGGCAACUCUAUGCCCGGCGUUUUCGACCAAGACUCCGUCCAGUACCCCUCCGGCGACGGCACUGCCAACAAGACUGCCAAGAUCGCCUGCUGGGCCGACGUUUCCUUCGAACCGGCCCCGACUUACCAAAAGUUCUUUCCCGAGGCCUUUUUUGAGUCUCACGUCGAUACCCAGUCCUCGACCGAAGCCUACAAGCGGGUGGUCUCCGACUCAGGUGUCAGUCAGCCCGUCCGCGACAUCCACGACGCGCGCAUCAUCAAUGAGACCCUCACCGGCACCGCGACAUACGUCGGUUCUGUCUCCGGCAAGAAGGGCCUCAUCGACGACCCCAAGGACGCCGGCGGUCUCGAAGACUUCCCGAAAGCGACGCGUGGCGCAACCUGGGAUGCUGAUGGCGAUGGUAUUGCAGACUGGUGGGAUGGGUCAACGGGCGGCGAGGGGUACACGGCUAUCGAGGGGUACCUCAACUUCAUGGCCGAUCCGCACGCCUUUGUGACACCGUCCACGUCUAUUGACAUUGACCUUGCUUUACUGGCUUUGGGCUUCAAGGAACCUACUUUUACUGUUUCUGGCGGGGAGAAGGGCGAGGUGACCGUGAAUGGAAGCAAGGCGAAGUACGCAGCUGGUGCGGAAGCUGGAAUCGACCACUUGGACAUCAACAUCAAGGACAGCGAGGGAAGCACAUGGAGUCGUAAGUUUGGCGUUGCCAUCUUUGCGGGUGCAGACGACGCGUAG